GUAGCUUAAAGAGAGAAUACGAUUUUGACAAUCCUUACAUGAUUCCAAUAAAUGAUACGCAAAUCGAUCGCAUGCAAACACAACAUCACAUUCUAAGAACCAUAUGUAAUGGGAACUUCUUGGCUCCCAUCAAAGAUAAAUUAAAGGCGGGAAACUUUAAAGUGCUUGAUUUCGGUUGUGGGACAGGUACAUGGCUUUGCGAUGUGGCAACUGAUUAUCCAUCAGCAAGUUUCGUCGGUGUAGAUUUUGCUCCUAUUUGGCCUACACAAAAGCCUCUUAAUAUUCAAUUCAUCGUUGCAAAUAUAAUGGAUGGCUUAGAAUUUGAAGAUAAUUCUUUUGACUAUAUACAUGCUAGGUCAUUAGUAACAUAUUUCAAUGAUAAUGAAUGGGAAAACUAUGUAAUACCAGAACUCACUCGAAUAUUAAAGCCCGGUGGUUACUUGGAAUGUUUUGAUGAUGAAGUGGUAAAUAACAAAUUAUGCAAUGCUAUUCAUACUGAAUUACAAGCACGGCAUAUGGACCCUUUAAUAUCACGGAGAAUUGGUGACUUCAUGAAAGCUACUGGUAAGCUAGAAAAUAUCCAUCAUGAACAAAAAGUUGUAUAUUAUGGUUCACAUGGUGGAAAAAUAGGUGAACUUACUGCGCAGACAUUUCUCCAAUUCUUCGAGGGUCUUAGAAAACCUUUAAUGGAUAUCAUGAGUUUAAAAGACUCAGAAUAUGAUAAUUUAAUGUCAAAAUUAGGAAAUGAUAUUAAUUCUUAUCGCACUUAUGGUAAAAAUCAUAGGUUUAUAGCUCAAAAACAACAAAAAUAA